AUGGUUCCCAACAAGAGUACUAUGGUGGAGGAUAGUGACGACAUGGGAGCGGAUGAUGACGAUGAUGCUCGGAGUGAUGCAUUCGCAUUGGAUGCAGUACUCAGCAGACGAGGAACCACAACAACGCUUGGUGACAGUGAAAGAAAGUUGCUGGUGGAGAGCCAAUCGCAAGUCUCGGCGUUGUUAGAAAAGGUUGAAAAAUUGGAGGAGCAGAUUCGCGCGAAGGAUGAGGAGCUGGCCCGAUCAUCCGAUGCAGAUCAAUCGGGAGUCAGUUCUAAUGAACGUCAGGAGUGGGAUGAUCUUAGAUUCGACCUUGAGAGCAAGAUCUCCAAGGCCGAGGAUCUAAAUACUUCUCUACAGUAUGAACUUGACAGAGUCCGGGCAGAACAUGAAAGUAUAGAGCGGGAUCUUCGCGGGCAGCUUGAUGAGGCCGCUAGCACCUCGGGAGAUGCAGACCUGGUCGCUCGGUAUGCGGAAUUGGAGAGCAAGCAUCAAAGCUUGCAAGUUGAGCUGCAAAAGCAAGAGCAGCUCACCCAGGAGGUUCGGCGAGAGGCAUCUGAAUUCCUUUCGGAGAUGAAGACCCUCACUGCCCAGAGUCACACCAAUUGGGAGCGAGAAGAACAACUAUCCAACAAUGUUCAGCGCUUGGAGGCUGAGGUCAACGAGUGGAAGCACCGCUAUGCGAAAGCGAAGUCACAGUUGCGCCAUCUUCGCUCUUCAUCUGGCGGUAUUUCUGAUCACGGGCCUGACGCAAGCGUUCUCGCUAAGGAGCACGAAUUGGUGCAGGUCGAUGGUAUCGUCAAGGAUAUUCAUGUCACUAAGUUCCAGAUGGCUAUUGACGAGCUCCUUCGCGUGGCUCGCUUUGAAGACCCGCAAAAUGUGCUUGCACAUAUAAACUUCGUCAUUAUGGCUGUUCGCUAUAUGAUUCAAGAUGUUGAUCAAGCGCCGGUGCCCGUUGAUGGCUCAGCCACCAUUCGCAUGAAGGCUAAGGGAAGGGUGUCUGCGACUGCUAACAACAUGAUUACCGCUGCUCGCAACUUUGCUAGCUCCAGUGGUCUCUCGCCAGUCUCUUUGCUCGAUGCUGCGGCCUCGCAUCUUUGCACUGCUGUCGUAGAGCUGGCGCGCGUGGUCAAGAUCCAGGCUUCCCCUGUCGAAGAAUUUGACGGCUAUGAGGUGGAUGUUUCCCAGGAGAAGUUCCCGGACUACCUGAGCACGUCUGCUAGCCAGAGACGGUACAGCAACCACUCUGAAUAUAGUGCGAUGAGUCACCCUGGCGACGAUCACCCCAUAAUGCAGAAUGGCAUGUCUCACGGCUUCAACUAUGGGGCCCCACAGGGUGACCAUGAGCUACAAGAACUGAAGUACUAUGUCGAAGAUCAAACCGAUGGUUUGGUGCAAUCUAUCCAGUCCUUGGUGGCCAGUAUUCGGUCUGAACAGGGAAUGAACAUUGUCCAGACACACAUCUCCACCAUCUCGGGCGUGGUCGCCAACGUGGUGACCUCUACGGAGAACCUGAUCCACGAACGCAGCGGUGAUAUCGCGCUACGUGAAAAGUCCGAGCCAAUCAUUCAGUCAUUGGAUGAAUGCCGUGGCCGUUUGAUGAACACCGCCGCGGCGGGCCAAGAUGUCACCGCCCCCGAGCAACUGCGAGAAGUCACAAACCAGCUUCCCCCAAUUGCGUUCGAAAUUGCGCGACAAACCAAGGAGCUUGUACAGCGCCUUGAGACGUUGGCUCAAGGCGCCGACGAGGAUGAUUUCCGGUGA